GGAAGCAGAAUUUCGUGAUUAUGUCGAACUAUUGGGGAUUUAAGCUUCGUUUAGGAUGGCGAAAGCGAACGUGCGCGUCUGGGAUUCGCAACAUGCUGGUGCUCUGGGCUUCUCGUUCCAGCACGGGCUGAAGCUGGUGCACUUGUGAGUCUGGCGAUGGCUGCUGUGGUGGGGAGGCAAUGGAUUUCGAUUUCUCGCAGCGGCCAAGCAUGGGCAACGAUGGCCAAACCGAAGGCCCCCGUCGGACCUUCGCAAACUUCCAAGGUGGUGAAAUCGCCUCAGAGCGUGCCAGUUGCGUCAAUCAAAUCUUCCAAAGGCGCAACGCCUGGAGCCCAGUGUGUCGUUGCUGCACAACAUUCCAAUGCGAGAAUCAAGAAGAGCAAUCGGCGCUCCCGAUUCGGUGAUCCUCUUUCGGCUGAUGACUUCGAUGAAGAGGAUUUUCUUUUCGACGCCCUAUCCUCUGUGCGUGCCUCUCCUGCUCGUUUUCCUUGGACCCUAUAGGAGUAGAGGGAGGGUUUUUGAGUCCGGAGAAAUCUCUAUGAAGUUAGGAAUUUGGAGAUUAAUUCCGUGUGGAUCUUCAUUUCUUGUUAGAAUCUGGUACCCUUCGCAUUGGUCUUUUCUUUUUUCACGAUGUAAGCAUGAUCAGGUGGACCUCUCUGUUUAUUGCACUCCAUAUUUGAAAAUUUCAUUCACAUGCCAAUGAAUUGUUCCCUUGCACAUAGAGUCGUGCUUUGUCCAGCCGUUUCCUUAGCGUUGUACCUUCGAAGAUUUAUUUGGGCAACGUUGUUCUGAAGAUGAUAAACGAGAUGGGCUACCAACCUUUUCCUGUUCUACUUCAAACUUCUAGACUUCAGGCAAAGAACUCUAACGUAAACCCUGAAGAGGGUUUAAAAGCAGGAUGUCGACCUACAGGCCGUGGAGAUGGAAGAACUGGAGGCGGAAGCCGUUGUUCGUAACUCCCAUCGCCAACUCAAGAAACUUGGAAAGACUGGAGGCAAAAAGAGCGAGUCCACAGUGAGCUCGAAGGUUUCAAAAGUUGGGAAAGUGUCGCCAGUGAUCGAAGACGAUGUCAUCCAAAAUCCAGCAUCGAACAGAUCCAGUACCAAAAAGGCCGUCAAAAUCAAGCCCUCAUUGGCCUUGAAGUUGCGAGGCACUGAUCUCACUUCGGAGGAGUACGUACCUAGAAGGGAUUGGGAGGAACAGGCGUACCAAAUUAUAAAGCGGCAGAAAAUGAGGGAUGCCCUGCAGGAGAAACUGGAGGACGAACAGGAAAGGCUGGAGGCAAUUGCAAAGAAGGCACGACAAGCACAACAGAAGGCAACAGGAGAGGGCCACAUGACACGACAGACACUGAAACUAAAAGGAGAGCCUCGUGUCAACCGUCAUGCACCGAAGUCAGCAGAAGAAGCUCAAACUGUGGAGAUUCCUGAACCGUGUGUGGACAUGGCCAGCACACAGCAUCAGAGUCUUCAGGCAAGAGAGGGUGGAGCGACGGAGGGCAUGGACUUCAAACGAAUGGCAAGACGUCUGAGUCUAGACCAGAAAUGGCGGCCUUUAAUAGAGUACCUACAGAAUCUGGGGUUACAGGAGGGCGAUUUUUCUAGAAUCGUAGACCGACAUAAAGCCUGUCUCCAAGCCAAUGUUAAAGUUGUGAAGGAGCGUGUAGCUUAUCUUCUUAGUUUGGGGGUGAAGUCGGAGGACUUGCCAAAACUCAUAGUGAGACAUCCUCAGAUUUUGGAGUACCGAGUAGAGCAAGCCAUGAAACCUCGUGUGCAAUAUCUUAGAAGUUUAGGCGUAGAAGAAUCAAAGCUUGGUAGAAUAAUAACGGUAGCACCCACUCUUCUUGAAUGCAGUUUGGAGAGAUCAAUAAAACCGAGAAUUAGCUAUUUAAUAAGAACUGUGGGCAUAAAGCCCCAAAAUUUAAGUACCAUAGUAUCCAGAAGUCCCCAGAUUUUGACACAGAGUAUAGAGGACUCUAUAAAACCACGAGUAGAUUACUUUUUGAAUGAAGUCAGAUUGUCCAAGGAAGCUCUGGCUAAGAUGGUCACAAAGCAUCCCCAGCUCCUUCACUACAGCGUUGAGGAUGGCAUCAGACCGCGAGUGGAGUUUUUAAGAAGCAUCGGGAUGGGCGAUGAUGAUAUUAUAAAGGCCCUGACAAGAUUAACACAGAUUCUUUCUUUGUCUGUUGACACUUGCCUACAACCCAAAUACGAUUAUCUUGUGAAGGAGCUGAAGGGUGGUGUGCAAACAGUGACCAGUUUCCCAGCCUAUUUUAGCCUCUCCCUCGAUCAAAGGAUUAUUCCACGGCAUAAAUACUUAGAAUUUUUGGAAAAGUGUCCUAAGGGCCCCUUUCCAAUGAGAUUAUUAACUGUUUCAGAUGUUGCUUUUUGCGAAUGGGCCAAGUCCAGUCUCGAAGACUAUCAAAAGUUUCGUCAGGAUCUUUUGUUGAGUACAUUCGCGAAAAAAUUCGAAUGGAAGAAUAAUGUACAUAUAUAAUUUAUGUAAACUGCUGUAGUAUAUGGAUAAAUCCAUGCCCAAGUUCACGGCUUGGAAUUUCGAACGAA